AUGAACGCCGCUAUCCCUCCGCCUCCGUCGUUUCUCCAGCGCCCCGGCGUACCACCUAUUCCAUGGAGACAGUGGCGUCCUGUGUUGCAGGUAUACAUUGACGCCGCGGCCAGGGACGCCUCGCCGGAACACAAGAAGGCGCUGCUUCUGAACGCUUUAGGCGUCGAGGGACUGAACACUUAUCUGCGUGCCGCCGAAGAUGAGCAGCAGCCGGGAGCCGACCGGCCAACUCAGGAGGAGACGCCGAACGUGUACGACGCAGCCCUUGCGCUGCUCAGCCAACUUUUCGACCCUCAACCGGACGCGGCGUGUCUACGCGCCCGCUUCAAAGCCCUAUGCCAGGGACCGGACGAGUCGGCGGUCCAAUUCAUUCACGAAGUACGCCGACUAGCCAAGCUGUGUGAAUUCGGCGCGGCGAGCGACAUCCUUGCUUACGACCAGAUCGUCUCUGGCAUCGCGUCGCCGCAGCUGAAAAGGACUUUUUGCAAACUGGGCAAGGACUUCACCGUGCAGAAAGCGCUCGACAUUGCAAAGGAGGAGGAGCGCGUUGACCGAGCCUUGCUACAGUUAUCCGGAGUUCAAGUCGACGCCGUGUCGUUGCGUACAGUUCAAGAUGGCGGCGCAACUCGCCGAAUUCGUCAAAAUGGCGGGCCAAAUGGUGGCCGUCCUCCCCAAGCUUCGCCGCAAGAUGGCGCCGGCGGGACUUCGUCUGCGUGCACCUCCUCGCCCACCACUGCUGCGGACACCUCCUCUCCAGCUGCGCCGCCGGGUCGCGCGGGUGCCUGUUACCGCUGCGGAUCGAGGCGGCAUUGGGCCAACUCCGCCGCCUGCCCAGCCAGGAGCCGGACGUGUUCGCGAUGCGGACGUCGUGGCCAUUUCGCGCGGGUCUGCCGCUCUACUUCGGGGUCUCGGACCGGUCAUCAAGGCACAUAA